AUGAGUGUUUUAUACCAAGAAGCCCAUUCAUAUCAAAUUUCAGUAGUAGACAGCCUAAUAAACGACGCUGAAGCCUGAAAAAAUACACAAGACGUCGUAUUUUUAACAAUGCAAGCAUUUUAUGAAAUUCUCAAGCUUCAUGGAUCAAAAAUUGGAGAACUUGACCACCUGCCAGCUCCCAGAGACAGAGCAGAAGACUCUAAUUUAUCCACACAGCGGAAAUGAAGUGGCACACAGGUAUUUGAAAUAUAUGAAGAAUUAAAUAAAAAGCCGUCACUUGAUGAAGUUAACGAUUUGAUUAAGCACAAAUUGGCAAAUUUAGAUAGGACAUCCCCGCCACUUCAUGAUCCCUCUCAAGAUGAUAUAGAUUUUGAUAUAGAGAGCAAUAAAUCUAUAAGAGAAUUAGAUGAAAUUAGAGAAGAAAUCCGUGAAAUUAAGAUAAAAAUAAGUGAAGCUGCCAAUCAUUCAGAAAUCAGAGUUAUCUACGAUCUGCUUGAGAAUAAAGCAAAUAUUCCAGACAUAUGAGAAGCAUUGCAGCAAAAAGCAAAUAAACAAGCAGUUAUACCUAUUUGCCAAGAAUAGCCCACUAAGGAGCAUUUUUUGGUUCGCCAUUCUAAUUUGGUUAGCCAGACAAUAUGACAUGCUUAAGAAUUUGGCAAGCCAACUAUUGUCCGGCUACAAAAAAUGCUCCUUAGUGGGCUAUUUUUGGUAAAUAAGUAUAAUAAUGUUUUAGCCAAAAAAGCCAACACUUCAGAUUUUGAAAAUUUAAUGGCAAUAAAAGCUGACAACAAAAUAGUCCAAGAGCUGAUUUCAAAAGUCGACGAAAAAAUUGAUAUUUCUGCUAUGGAAAAUGCCACAAAAGACCUUGAAAAAAGGAUAAAUAAAGAAAUUGAAGACUUUAAGAAGCAGCUUUUAGACGAUUUUUCUCCUGUGUCUAGGACUGAUUUUGAUAUUGAAAUUCAAAAAUUUGAUAAAAUGGUUGACAGUAUUUAUGAGCAAAACGCAAAUUCGAUUAAAAAUAUUGAAAAUACUGUAGAAAAUAUGAUAAGGUCAAAAUUAGAGAAAAAUAGAGAAAUUAAUGUGAGCCAAGCCAUUGAUAGGUCGAUGAUUGAGACUAUGAAUAAUCAGCUUAGGGAUGAAAUAAAAGAAAUGAAAAUAUAUAUUAAAUAAUUUAAAUGGUGUCUCAGCCCGGGCAUAGCUCUCGCUCAUUCAACUUCGAGCAUAUAUUUAAAUUAUAUCCGAGACAAACUUUUCCCUAUUGCCGAAAGUAAGAUAGCGAUUCUAUUUUUUGAUUUCUAUGAUGGUAUCCUUCAUUGCCCAAACUCAAGCAGCAGCCACAGAAGUUCAUAAUCUGCCCACCCUGCACUGGGGCAUCAAGGCAAUAAGAGGAGGAAUAGGAAGAAGGGUAAAGGUUUCUGAUGUAGUUUCAGGGGCCGAAGGAGGAGCAAGAUAGUGUCCAACCUUUUCUUUGCUGGUAAAUCAUUUCAAUCUAGCCCAGCUUGACUGAUAGCAUUACAAAGCAGAUAGCCCUCUAGGGGUCCUUGUGACUGUGUAGCCAAUAGGCGGAAGCCACCCUGCAAUAAAUUUAAGUUCAAAAAAAUAUUUAUUACAGGUGACAUUAGAAAUAAAAUAACAGAAAUUAAUGAAAAAUUUGAUUCUGUACAAGAGAAAUAUAAUGAACAAAGAAGUAAUGAAGAGUAUAAAUUGAAAUUAUAUGAAGAAGAAAUUUUCAAGUUAAAAGCAAGUCAAGACUCAUUAAUUUCUUUAAAAUCUGAUUUUAAAAAAGUCUUCCAAGAGCUGCAAAAAUCUGAAAGCGAAAGAAAAAAUCAGUUAGAAGUCAGUGAAUUUUGUAACAAAUCGAAUAUGCAAACUUUAAAUUUGUUAAAAAAUUCAGUUGAAUCGCUUGAAAAAGCUUUCCAUGCAAACAACUAUGAACUAUCUGCACAUGUAAAGCAAACAGACUCAAAUUUUCAAUCACAAAAAAGUUAUUUUGAAAAUGAGCUAAAAUCCAAUAAAAAUGAAUUUUUUGAGCUUUUUAAUAAAUUAGAUGCAAAUUUAUUAUGACAAAAAAGGCAGUUUGAUGAGCAGCUGAAAAUUAAUAAAGAAGAAUUAACAAAAAUUUUGAAUAAUCCAGGAUUUCAAGCAGCAGAUAAUAGUAAUUUCGAAGGAGAAUUAAAAUUAGUUAAAGAAGAACUUAUAAAGAUAGUAAAUGAUUUUCAAACAAAUUUUGAAGAAGAAAUAAAAAGGAAUAGAACCGAAUUAGAUAAAUUUUCGAAUAAAUUAGAAAAUGAUUUGCAGAGACAAGAAGCAUUUUUAGAAGAAAAAAUAAAAUUAAGCAAGAAUGAAUUGAAUGAAGCUUCAAAUAAAUUCAAUGAAAAAUUAGAAGAGUUGAAAAAGCAGGCUAGAGAAGAUAUGGAACUGAAUAAAGGCGAAUUUAAUCCCAUUUUUAAUGAUUUUGAGCUAAGAUUAGCUGAUCUAAAAAAUCACAUUGACGAACUAAACAGUAAAAAUUCUAAAAGUCUUCCACAAGCAAAAUUUGAUGAAAAAGAAAUUUCAAAACUGCAUUCUCUUUAUAACGACCUAUUGCAAAAAAUUGUGGAAAUAGAAGAAUCUUUAUCAAAAAAAAUAGACAUAAAGGAUUUUAAUUCUGCUUUGCAAAAUUCAGAGCACAUGAAAAUAAUUUUAUCAUCUUUGUCGUCAAAAGCAGAUGAAGCUGCUAUUAAUGAGCUAAUAAAAAUACAAGAAGAAAUCAGCCAGCUCUACAGUUCUCUAAAAGAAACAGUUGAGCAUAAAAUGGCUCAUGAAAAAAGUAGCAAAGAUAUUGAAGAAAUUAAUAUAAUUGAUGAGGAUUAUGAAUUAUCAGAAAUAGAAAAUAUAAAAAAAUGGAUAAUUUUGCUUCUUUUAAAAAUAAUACAAUAAUAAUUUUAUGCUGGUUUUUAGAUUAAUCUGAAAAGCAUAUAAAAAUGACACAAGAUGAAUUCGCUUUAAAUAUUAAAAAAAUUGAAGGAAUUCUUGAAAAAAAGGCAGACAUUGAGGAAAUUAAUAAAAAAGUAUCUGAAGAAAUGCUAUUUAACCUAUUAAACGAAAAAGUUGACUAUAAACUCUAUGAAUAUCUCGCUUCUUCCCAAAAUGAAAUUCUAUUAAAUAUCGAAAAUCUUGAUAAAAUUUUACAAGGAAAAGCAGAAAAAAAUGACCUUGAUAUAAAAGUUUCAAAUAAAGAUCUUAAAGAAUUAUUAUCAAAUAAAGCAGACACAAUAUCACUAAUAGAGUUUCAAGAAACUGUUAAGAAAAAUCUUAAAGAUCUUGAAGCAAAAAUCCCACCAAAAAGGAAAAAUACCGAUCUAAGCCAAGAAAAAAUUUUAAAAGAAACCCAAGCCUACAUUUCAGCAAGCUAGUUUAGGUUAUUAAAGUCAGCCGUUAGCCAUAUUGGUGACGCAGUCGCCAAAGACCUCCGUACGGGAGGUUCAACCGCUUUUCAGCCUACAUUUCAGCAAGUUUAUCUAAAUUUCAAAUAGGUGAAGUCAAAAUUCUCCAAGAAAAAUUUACAAAAGAGCUAGAACAUAUUAAAACAAGGAUUAAAAGCUUUGUAAAAUCCGAUAUUUUUGAGACAUCAACUCGAGAAAUCUACUCAAUUUUGAAUACAAAAUUAGACUCUUCUUCCCUUUCAGAAAUUAUUAAUAAUCAAGAAGAAAUAAUGAAAACUAUUGAAAAUUUAAAUUUUGAGAAAAAAGAUGAAAAUCAAAUAAAAGCCUUGGUAGAGGCAAUUGAUAAUAAAUUCAAAAAAUUAAAAUUGGAUAUAAAUACAAAAUUCAGCUCAUUUAAGAACGAAAAAGAGCAUCUUUUUGAAGAACUCAGGAAGGAAAAUGAAAAAUCAUUUGAGUAUGUGCUAGGAGAAUUAAGGAAAAAAGCAAGUAAUAAAGAAAUAAAAGGAAUCCUUGAUGCAAAAAUUAAUGCAGAAGAAUACAAGCAUGAUUUAGCUGGAUUUAUUACAAAAGACGACUAUGAGACAAACAUCCUUGAACAGUCGUUAAUUAAUGAAAUUUUACUAGGAGAAAACUGCCUUGGGAAAUGGCUUUGAAAGUCAGGAAAAGAAACAAAUAAUUAUAUCCCAUGGGAAACUGAAAUUUCUAAUACUUGUCCUACGAAUUUUAUAUGAAAACCCAACACAAUCGAAAUUUCUGUAAUAGCUCCUGGCCUCUAUGAAAUUUCAUAUGGAUUUUACUCCAGUAAAAAACCAAAUAUAACUGUGUAUAUUAAUGACGAAAUCGCUAUAGAAGAUAAACCAAACCCAAAUAAACGCUGGAUAAGGCAUUCUGAUGGUAAUAUAUCAGGAUUAUCAAAUAUUUCCUUCAUCGCUCUACCAGCCCGCGCAAAUAUUCGCAUUUCUUAUACAUGUGAGAAAAAAGGUGAAGGAUUUUUAAGUCUGAGAAAAAUUUAA